AUGAAGGAGAAGGUGGAAGCUUAUCUUGAGGCGCAGACGAUUUCUUCGUCCGGCAAGAACGGCCUUCCUUCUUCCUUUUGGUGUGGCUUUGAUGAGGCUCUCGUAACGUUUGAGACUGUUCCUAUCCCUGAUGAGCAGUUCUUCGGCCAGUUCGAUCUCCUCUUUGAAAACGAGUUCUCUUCGGAGCAUUUGUCGUCCAUAGAUGAAUAG